CGGUAGCUAUGGCGGCUUGAACGAGCAGGAAGAUCAUAUCUUUCUCAGUUACGAUACAUUUUUCUUUCCUGCUAUAGGACAAAGUUUUAGAUUUGCAUCACACACUGGAGUCUUAACAAGAUAUCCUGAAACAAACAGAUUAGCAAACCAAGAUGGCAUCACCGAAUUUCCAAGUGACGCUGACCGCAGACCCCCAGAUGGCCAUGCAGGGAAUGCAAGCGAUGCAAGGCAUGCAGGGGGGCAUGCAACAGAGCCAGUAUCCGGGGGCUCCCACACAACCACAGGAAGGAAAAAUUCCCAUCAAAAUCCACUUUGACUCAAGCUACGUCAGGACGACUCCCGGUAUAAUCAAAGUGUUAGAAAUACUGAACAAUAUCAUCGGUAUGAUUUGCAUCAUGGUCUCCAAAUGCAGCUACUGCUCUAACAGCAACUGGUUCAACUUUGUAGCGUCAACGGGUCUCACCGUGACCGGACUCUUGCUGGUUUUAUAUCUGACCCACAUUGUUGAGAAGCUAAAGUUCUUUCCUUGGCUAGCCGUCGAGCUGCUUUACUGUGCCACUUGGACGUUAUUCUAUAUGAUUGCUGCGCUGGUGGUUGCAGUUAAAGGUGGCAGAGAUGAUGCUUGGGCUGCAGCAGGGUUCUUCGGGUUCGUGGGCGCCAUUCUGUACGCAGCGGAUUGCUACACCAAGUACAAAUCUUGGAGAGAUGGCGUGCCCGCUCAAGGGGAGAAACCAGUCUCACCCAACUACGCUGCGUAUUGAAAGCAUCGAACCAAAAAAGAAAACUGAAUAAAAGAUAUUCACGUGUUCUCAAAGUAAAGCAAUAUAUCUACUUGAAAACUUAAUAAAUUAAUGAAAGUUAGAACGCAUUUGUGCUAUUUUACCGAAAAUAUUUUGGGACCAUAUGUAUGUAGUAAUUAAUGAACUCCUUAUGAGUAAAAAAAUGUCUGUACGUCUAUCUCUAUUUUUAUCAUUAUUAAUGCAUAUUAUUGUUCUGAUUUUGAAUCUGAUUUAAAUGUGAAUUUUAUAGCAGGCCACGACAGUGGUGAUAGCUAGACUGAUUAUGAUUAUAUUGUGCUUUAUUUCAAUGAAUUUAAAAAAGUAGAUUACAUACAUGCUUAGAAAUUUGUAAAGUUUCUGUUAUUGUAAUUUAUAUAUCACAAUUUGGUUUGACAAUCACACACAUGAAUUCAAAUGCUCAAAACUAAUUAUAAAUUAUAAUAUAAAAUGUUUCAUUCCUCUUACUUAAAUCUAAAUUUAAUCUCAGUAACCUAAAAAAUUUCAAUUUGGAACUUUUAUUUUUGGUAUCAUGAUAUCAAAACAAAAUAUCCAAUUCUUAAUAUCAAAUUAAUGUGCAAACUACAUUUGAUAAUUCUGUUCUUAUUAGGUAUGCAUAAUGCCUUUUAAAAAAAGAAUAAAUUGCUCAAUUUCCCAGAUACAAUUACUACGUCAACGAAAAGGAAGAAUUAGAAAAUGAUAAAUAUUUAAUUCUAAAUUAAAAUAAAAAUUCCAAAUAUUAUUAUUAGUGGUACCAUUACCAGAUGAACAAAAAAACCUUUCCCCAGUUGUUAUGAAGUAAAGAAUACUUUUCUUUAUAAAACGCCAACUAACUUUUCUUGAACUUGGAUUUCCUAAUACCAAUUUCAAUUUCAUUCAACUUCAAUUAUCAAACAUACAUUAUAGAUAAAAACAAAUCAAAUAUAAUUGUUAUUUUAAUUAAAAAUCUUUUCCAAAACUUAUAUCUAUUAAUUUUGAUUUUUUUCGAAUUUAUAAAGCAAUGCUUCAAUAAAUAGCUUAACUGUACCAAUAAUUCAGCAACUGAUACUAACAAUUUUGAUUAUCAAUAAAAUGGAAAUUUUGAAUUCAACAAAAUAUUUGAUACAGGCGCCGUUUAAAUAACUAGUGUUCUAGCUUAUUAAGUAGACUUAGAUCAAAUAUUUCAUUGAAUUUCAAAUUUUUUUAUUGGUUUCGAAAUUUUUGGUAUAGAUUAUUGGUACACUUAUCCUAUUUAUAAAAUACCGAAUGAAGCCAGAAAUAUAAUUAUAUAAGAUAUCCCAAACUAAUAUAUGAAUUUUUCCUUUUUUGCUACUAUUAUAUAAACCAAUACAUUAGAACAGUAUGAAUGUGACAAAUCGGAGCUCGAUUUUUGCUGAAAGGGCGCACAUUUUUCAUUUUCACUUUAUUAUUCUUUAAAUUAAUUUUGCAUCAAAGAUUUUUCUUGCAUACACAUAAUUAAUAUUUGGUUACCCCUUGUAGAAACUCUUUAAAUAUGAAAUUCAAAAAAAAUUUCUUUAAAAUUUUUUGGUGGUUUGUAUUUCAAAAAAAUUUUCUUAAAGUUUUAUUUAAAAAACUCAGUAACAGAAAUUUUGAAGCUUUGUUUAAAAAUUCAUGAAGUUUUGAUUUAACAUUCUUUUAAAUUUCAUAUUCGUAUUUAUGCUUGAUAACAACUAUAUGACAAUAUUUUUUUUAAAUUUUUAAACAGAAAAUUGCCCUACAACCAGCAUCUACUAUUUUUUCUCAUUUCCAGCUUUUUUCAUCGAUGCUGAUGACAGCAAAUUAAAUUAAACUUAUUAUUUAAAUCAACUAUUAUAUUAAUUUUGGCUAUUAAUGAAUUGAAAUAUAAGGUGUGAAUUUACUAAAUUUGCAAAGGUCUUUAUUGUGUUCUUCUCAGUUAUUAGAAUAAAAUACAACACUCUGAUAAAACACAAACCGAGCAUAAAUUUAUGACUGUGUGCUUUUAUUUACCUUCUUUUGACUUGUAAACUUUUACAUUAUCACAGAUAUUAUACGCUAUAAUAAAUACUCCCAAUAAUGGAAAAUAUUAUACUUCACGGUGCAAUUAACCUUAUUUUCAAAAUACUAUAAUAUUGUUGAUAUUUUUGUGCAAUAUUUUGUAAUACUGCGCGACAUUGAAUGAUUUUACACUGUACUGCACAUUAGAAUUACACCACAUUGCUUUAUUUUAAAAUAUUAUAUAAAUUCUUCACCAUUUUGUGCUGUUCAAACUCUGAAAUUUUUUAAAAUUUUGAUUCAAUCGAUUCAUAUUUUGAAUAUCACAAAAAAUAAUUAAAUUUACCACAAAAAAACAUGAUAUCUUCUAAUAUUAUUAACACAAUGGCUGCAACGGUCAUCGUUAAAUUCUUAUUGUGUUUCACUUAAUUAAUUAGAUUACCUCUUCCUGGCUAUAGAUAACAGAUAGUACAGAAGGUGCUAUAUAACUUAAAUGCAAAGUUCGAAUGCAUGAUGUGAGUCCUGGCAGCGAAAAUGUUAAGAAAUCUUUAUUAAUUUAUUUAUAAAUUCUUCAGAUUCAUUUCAAUCCACUUGCCCUUUUUCGCAAAUAUCGAGCUCUUAGUAGUAAAAGUUAAAUAAUUCUACACGCCUUAUUGACAUAGACAUAUUGUGAUACCCUCCUACUGUUUAAAAGCCUUCUUUAUCUUGUAGUUACACCUACAGAACAAUUAUAAUUGGUGCUUUCUGCGCGGGUUAAAAAGAGUAGGCACAUAACGACGAGAGGUUAUAGACGUAAAGAAUAUAGUGGCAAUAAACAAUCAUUUUUGCUUUAGAUAUGUUAUGUAAUUGUAUGUAAAAAAAUUUAUUUUUGCCUUACUAACUAGAUCAAAAUGUGAAUUUUGAAAAAUAAAUUCAAACUUGUACAGUAGCAAAGAGUUUGCCAAAAAAAAUACCUAGCAUUAAAAACCCUAUAUGUUUUUUUCACAAAAUUUUAACUGAUGUGUGUCUCUGUGUUAUAUUUUGUCUUUUACAUAUCUCUGUCGAUAAGCCUUUUAUAAGUCUUCCAGUCUGUUUUGCCUAUGAGUUUUACUUAAAUUUUAAUAUAUGUUUUUCGGUAUAAUGGUCCUGAUAGAUUCCGAAUCUGAAAAAAUUCGGGUAAUGUAUUUGCUCAUCUACGUCUCCCAUAAUAAUUUAUUUACGAUUUUUUUUUAACGAUUUUUAGUUAAAAAACUUCUCAUGUAAAAAGUUUUAAUCGUGCUGAUUUACAAUUAAAACGAAUGUUUAUCUACUACUUUAAAUUUUCUAUGUCGGUAUUUUUGUUUUUAAACUUUUAUAGAAAAGUAUCGCAAAAUAUUAAUUCAUGUUACUUUAAAAUUAUUUUGUAAUGCUCUCUAAAAUUAUUUCAUUGAAAAAAUUUGGAAAUGUUGCUCAAUUAGAAUGCUUAAAUUAUGUAUCUUAAUAAGUAAUUUUUUUUAAUGUUAUGUUCUGAAUAUCGAAACCUCACUAAUAAAAUGCAAAAAGUAGAAUAUUAAAAAUGUAUUUUUUUGUUAAAAAAAUGCUGUGGAACUAUACACUAUAUGAUUUUUUUUCUAAUAGCUCAAAAUAGUUAAUAUUUUAUCCAAUAAGAUUUAAUAAUUUCUGAAAUUUUUAUUAUUUGUGUUUCAUUAUUUAUUUUAAAAAUCAGCAUAACAAUACAUAAUAUUAAAAAAUUUUGGAACAUUUACAUUCGUUUUCUUUUGAAUAACUGUAAAUCGAGAAAUAAUUUUAUGUCCUUUAUUAUUUCGUUACUCCCCUUCUAAUUGUAUUGAAAUAAAUUUUAGAAUAGUAUAUACAAAAUAAAAAUAGUCACUGUUUGUUUAAAUUCCACAGCAUUGUAAAGUCAAAAUUCAAUCCCGAUUAAAGUUUUUCUUAAUUCUUAUUGUAGAUAUUCUUAAUAUUAUACAAAAAUCAAACUGUAAAAUUUUUGUAUGUGUUGUCAAAUACAAUUUGGAACGGAUACUUUCAUGAAAUAUAAGAUUCUCGAUAAAUAUUUAAAUUAAAAAAAUUUAAGCGCAAGGCUGAUAAAACAAAUCUCCAUUCCUCCGAGUUAGAGUAAACACAUGCAGCUGUUUCUGAAUCGCAGCUGUUUUCUUGAUGCAAAAGUAAAUCAAGCUUCAGAUUUCAUAAAAGAUACCAGCUGCACCUUUUAGAUUAAAUUAAAAUACCUGCAACUAGUUUCUUUAUUCGUCGAAACAUAUGACCACUUUUUGUCAGUUUUAAGUUAAGUUACAUGUAUAGAUAUUGUGCAAUGUAAAAUAUAGUACGUAAAUAUGGUAUGUCAGUCUACCUGUUCAUUUUGUCUAACUGUAUUGUAUGUGAGCGCAAUGAUGAAAAUACAUAAAACUUAGAAUGCAUAAUUUUUCGUCUUAAAAACGUCAAGCAAUAAAUUAAAAUCAAAUUCUUUGAUUAAAUAUAUUCAAACAAUUGUUUUUCAAUUAUAAUUAUAUUAUAUAUUUAUAUUCGCAUUAAAUUGAUGGUAUACGCUUUCUUUAAAUUUAUAUUAAAUAGAACAGAUUUUAAAAAUUCUGAACUGAUUUAUGUUAAGUAAUAUGAUAAAUAUAUGGUUUUUAUAAAAACAAUAAUAAUUUUAAAAUCAUUAAAAUAAGUUUUUAACUUGGCAAUAUAUUUAAAAAUGUUUUGUUUAUUAGCAAGUAUGUUUAAGUUUGUUCUUUUUGUACGAAAUUUUAAUAUAAAAAGAAUAUUAAAAAAUAUCUUUUAGUCCUUCAAAAGUGACAAGAUGCCUUUGAUUUGUUUUUCAAAGAACAUUUAUUUUCUAUCACGUUUAGAAUUAUUAUUUUCAUUUCAUAUUGCUUUCAUGUACUUUUCACAACAUAUUGUUACUUAAUUUUUUUAACCUCAUAAUAAGACUACUUACUUUAGAUAAAAGUUCAAUAUUUAUAUUUCGAACAAAAUAACUUCUCCCGCUAAUAAAAUAUAAAACAGUCAUAUUUUUAUCUUUUAUUGUCAAAUUUAUUAUCUAAAUCCACAAUUCAAAAUAUAUUAAUGAAUUAUUCUAGGCUUAUAAUGGAAUAUAUCGAUUUGAUGCACAUUAUGCACAGUUCUUGUCAGACAAACAAAGCGAGGCUGAUUUCUCCAAUAAAACUUUUGAAACUUGAGUACUCUUCUAAGAUUGAAUAUUCUUCUAAGUUUUACUUAUCCAUCAUUGCGCUGAAAGCACUUCUGUUAAUCAAUCAUGAUUUCCCACCAAUACGAUGCAAAGUCGCUAAUGAUGUAUUUAAUGUGUUUAAAACUGUACAGUAUGUGUUAUUUGAUUUUGGUGUUUUCGUAUCACUCCGCUGUGUGUGUGGUCGCCAAUAUAGACAUGACCUGCUAUGUGAAAUAAUGUCAAUGUAGAUGAUAACGAAGGUUAACUAUGUGAUGAUAUUUUAUCCUUGCUCUUCUUAAUAAAAAAAAGAUGAACGUUCGGAUGCUUCCCAGAAGUAAAACUCCAGAAGAUAUCACUCACUGUUAGAAUUAAAUGUAUAAUAAAUAAUUCUUAAAUAAAUGGAAAUUCAUAUUGUGAA